GUCACAGGGCACGACUUCCGGGCAGGGCUCUCAGCCCUUGCCAUGGAGGAAGGUGGUCCCCGCAUCCGCCGGCGGGUGUCUGUUCGCAAAAGGAGCCGUCCUAGCAUAGGGAGCAGUUUUGCCGCCCCUACCGCGGCCGAGCUCAAGCCCAGUGAUGAGAAGGACCAAGGGGAGGAGGAGGAGGAGGAGGAGGAGAAGGAGGCUGGCAGCCGGCGGCGGCGAACCGUGGAUGUGCGACCGGCCGAGGUACACGCGAUCAGGGCUCACAUUCCGUCGGUGCUUCUUCCUAUUUCCACCGCUUGGGGCGGUGAUACCAACCCAGGGCUCCCACUGUGCAUGCCCUCUGAAAGAGGGCUGGGAAACCAGAAUAAUGACAGUGAAGAGGACAUGUUUGGUGACUAUGAUAGCUUUGCUGAAAACUCUUUUUUAGCUCAAGUUGAUGACCUGGAACAAAAAUAUAUACAACUUGCUGAACAUAGAAAACAUGAUACAGACCUUGCCACUGAAGAUCUUUGUUCAGAGCGCAUCAGACAUAACAAACUCAGCAUUGCUGCUGUAGACAGCUUGACUGAAUUAAAAACAGAUGAGCACACAAAGAACCCAAGUGGGCAUGAUGAUGUCUGUAUUGAACCUGGAGCUGAUCUUUUGUUUGAUGUGCCUUCUUCACAGGUUUUAUACUUUGAAAAUUUGCAGAACUCUUCAAAUGAUUUAGGCGAUCUCUCUUCUAAAGAGAAAGAUUGGAGCUCCUUCUCUCACAAGACUGUUAGUGAGAAAUUGCUCCAUAAUAGCAUAGCACAACCUCAGCAAGCGGAUGAUUCUGCCUCUAAGGUCAGAACUAGUUCAGAUGUGAAUAGGAGAAAAAGUCUUAAAGAUCAAAUAAAAAGUGCCAUGACUGGAAAUGCCAAGGCCCAAACACCAAUAUUUUCUAGGACUAAACAACUCAAAGAAACUCUCCUAUCUGAAGAAAUUAAUGUUGCUAAGAAGACAAUUGAGUCAUCAUCAGAUGACCUUGGUCCUUUUUAUUCCUUACCCAGCAAAGUGAGAGACCUUUAUGUUCAGCUCAAGGGAAUUGAAAAAUUAUACGAAUGGCAACAUACUUGCUUAACAUUGAAUUCUGUGCAAGAAAGAAAAAAUUUAAUAUAUUCCUUGCCAACAAGUGGUGGAAAAACCCUCGUGGCUGAGAUUUUAAUACUGCAAGAAUUGCUUUGCCGGCAGAAAGAUGUCUUACUGAUCCUACCAUAUGUGGCAAUUGUCCAAGAAAAGAUUUCAGGUUUGUCAAGUUUUGGUGUAGAACUGGGUUUCUUUGUUGAAGAAUAUGCUGGAAGCAAAGGAAAAUUUCCUCCAAUUAAAAGAAGGGAAAAGAAAUCACUUUAUAUUGCCACUAUUGAAAAAGGACAUAGUCUGGUGAACUCCUUGAUUGAAACUGAAAGGAUUAACAGUCUGGGUCUGGUUGUGGUAGAUGAGCUGCACAUGAUUGGUGAAGGAAGCCGUGGGGCUGUACUGGAAAUGACCCUAGCAAAAAUUCUCUACACUAGCAAAACAACUCAAAUUAUUGGUAUGAGUGCAACAUUGAAUAAUGUUGAAGAUCUACAAGAGUUCCUUCAAGCAGAAUAUUAUACCAGUCAAUUUAGACCAGUUGAAUUAAAAGAAUAUCUGAAAAUAAACAGUUCGAUAUAUGAAGUUGACAGCAAAGCUGAGAAUGGCAUGACUUUUUCACGGCUGCUCAAUUUUAAGUAUUCUGACACUCUGAAAAAGAUGGAUCCCGAUCAUUUGGUAGCAUUGGUGACAGAAGUUAUUCCCAAUUAUUCCUGCUUAGUUUUUUGUCCCACUAAGAAGAACUGUGAAAACGUUGCAGAAAUGAUAUGCAAAUUUUUAAGCAAGGACUAUUUGAAACACAGGGAGGAAGAAAAACUUGAGUUGAUUAAGAACUUGAAGAAUAUCAGCAGUGGCAAUCUGUGUCCUGUUUUAAAGCACACUGUCCCAUUUGGAGUUGCUUAUCACCAUAGUGGUUUAACAAGUGAUGAAAGGAAGCUCCUGGAGGAAGCCUAUUCCAUGGGAGUUCUCUGCCUUUUCACCUGCACAUCCACCCUAGCAGCAGGUGUUAACCUACCAGCACGAAGAGUUAUUUUAAGAGCACCCUAUGUUGGUAAGGACUUUAUAAAGAGGAAUCAAUAUAAACAGAUGAUUGGCAGAGCUGGCCGUGCUGGAAUAGAUUCUGCUGGGGAGAGUAUCCUUAUAUUGCAAGAAAAAGACAAGAAACAGGUAUUGGAGUUCAUAAGCAGACCCUUAGAAAACUGUUACAGUCAUCUCAUUCAAGAACUUACCAAGGGAAUUCAAACUUUAUUUCUCUCUUUGAUUGGUUUGAAGAUUACAACAAAUAUUGGUGACAUAUAUCACUUCAUGAAUGGUACUUUUUUUGGUGUUCAGCAAAAGAUUUUGUUGAAAGAAAAAAGUCUCUGGGAAAUAAUUAUCGACUCCCUUAGAUACCUGACAGAAAAAGGACUCCUACAAAAAGAUACUCUUGUAAUGGAAAAGGAUCUUCUACAGAAAGACACUAUUUAUAAGUCUGAAGAAGAGUUCCAAUGUACUUUUCAUAUUACAAAGUUGGGAAGAGCUUCUUUUAAGGGAACUAUAGAUCUGGCUUAUUGUGACAUUCUCUACAGAGACUUAAAGAAAGGUCUUGAGGGACUUGUGCUUGAAAGCUUUCUUCAUCUGAUUUACUUAACAACUCCCUAUGAAAUGGCUUCUCACUGUCACCCUGAUUGGAUGAUAUACUUCAGGCAGUUUAACCAGCUCAGUCCAGCAGAACAAAAUGUAGUUUCUCUUCUCGGAGUCUCUGAAAACUUUAUCGGGAAGAAAGCAUCAGGUCAAGCUAUCAAGAAGAAGGUGGACAAAGAUAUCGUCAACAGACUAUACCUGUCUUUUGUUCUUUAUACCUUGCUCAGAGAGACCAACAUUUGGAGUGUGUCUGAAAAAUUUAAUAUGCCUCGAGGAUAUAUCCAGAAUCUUCUCACUGGAGCUGCUGCAUUUGCAUCUUGUGUGCUUCAUUUCUGUGAGGAACUUGAGGAGUUUUGGGUUUAUAGAGCCCUUUUGGUAGAACUUACCAAGAAGUUGACGUAUUGUGUAAAGGCAGAGCUGAUCCCUCUCAUGGAAGUGACUGGAGUCUUAGAGGGUCGAGCAAAACAGUUAUACAAUGCAGGUUAUAAAAGUCUAGUGCACUUAGCUAAUGCAGAUCCUGAAGUGCUAAUAAAGACAAUUGAUCAUUUAUCAAGACGCCAAGCCAAGCAAAUUGUUUCUUCAGCAAAGAUGCUGUUGCAUGAAAAAGCAGAGGCUUUGCAAGAAGAAGUAGAAGAGUUACUGAGAUUGCCUCCUGAUUUCCCUGGCACUGUGGCCUCUUCCACUGAAAAGGCAUGAAGCUAUUUGAUGGGCACUUUCAGAUAUGAAUUAUUUAUUGUACAUAUGUUUUAUUAAAUAUUCCCUGUAAUUUGUAAAUGAAAAAAAUACAUUUUAAUUAUACCUUAAGAACUAUGGAUGAUGUUUGAAUAUAUCUUUCACCCAUAAUUGCAGUAACCUUCCCACUAAGAAUCCAUCUUGCUCAGUACUUACACAGUAAUUCCCUGCUCAGAAAUCCAGUAUCUGCCACAAAUGGAAUCCAACUUCCUCAACAUAUCUCCAGCCUACUUUUGCAGCCAGAAUCUGUCAUUAUUCUCUUACCCAUUUCUUUCAUCAAACUGGACUAUUUGAAAUCUCAGGGUUUUUCCCAGAAUUUUCAGAUCCUCCACUUCCUAACUACUUUAAGCUAUUCCCAGAGCAUGGAAAAUUAUCUUUAAAAUGUACUAUGUACUUCAGGUGGUAACUAAAAAUGCUUAAAUACUCUCUCCUCGAUGAAAUUGUCCAGGUUCAUGUUCACCCCACCCAUACAUACAUCUUUCCCUCCUGUAAGUAUUCUGAGCCCCUCAUUUACACCCAUGUCUUUUUUUAAUGCUGUUAGUUUGAAAUCUGAAGGGUCGAGCCCUUUUUUAUCUUCUUUGUAUGCCACAUAGCACCUACCACAGUACACUGCUCAAACGAGGAAUCUCUGUGAAGAAUGAAUACCACCCAAAUUAAAAAUUCAAAGAUUCUCUAAACACAAAUAUUGCCUCUCCCCUCCCUUUUCAGAGUUAUAACUCAAAUGGAGAUGACUAGUUAACUGUAGGAAAAAAGGUAAUAACUAGCAAUGUUUAUGAGUACUAAACUGGUUUAAAUUUUACUCACCUGCUUAAGACGUCCACUGGAAGGUUUCCAAAUAGAUUCAGUCUAAGUUCUUUGUGCCUUAGCAUUUUAGGGCAUUAUAAUAUAGCAAUCAUUUGCCUAGUAAUCGCUAUUUGCCAGGCACAGUUAAAAGUGGUUUAUGUCACUAAUUUAAUCCUUACAGCAACCCUGUAAGGCAAGUACUAUUAUUAUCAUCCCCAUUUUACAGAUAAGUAAACUGAGACACAGAGAAAUUAACUUGCCCAAAGUCAUGUACUAAUUUUGUAGAGCAGGAAUUCAGACCCAGGCUGUGUACCAAACCAUUCUACAGUACUGUCUUGGUAGAAUUUUCCCAUUCUGUGCCUUCCUAAGUGAUUCAUCUGGCCUUGAUUUUAUCUCAUUCACAUCCCACCUCAUAUGAGUCCAAGUAUGGCAUCCUAAUGUCUUAGAAUCUUGGGCUUCACUCACAUAUUUGAUUUGUCAGGUAAAAAGACUAAAAGAGCAUCUGGUGGGCCUGCUGGCUGCUUGGGCCCAGCCAUCGGGGUGUGCCCAUGGUGGUCCAUGGUCAAGUGUCCAGUUUUUUUUAAAUCUAGAAACCCUAGUUUUAUUACUCUGCUUAAGUAAGACUAUAAGUGAGCUCUUAUUCCUGGUGACCAAUUUAUAAAAGACUGUUUAAUAAUCCCAACUUAAUUUAUUAAUUUACAAUUAGAGAUGGUGAGGUUGGCUGGGUAUCUUUAGAAAGUAGAAUCCCUAUAUCUGCUCCCAGGACAAUCUCUCCCACCCUUCAUCAGUGUUUCUCUAGGUCAAUCCAACUGGAAGGCUGUAUCAAGUAUAAUGAUGGGGUAUUAGCCCUAAAAGAUAAAAAAUGUAAAGAAAUUGAAACAUUUCAGUUCUAGAGAAGAGAUAAGUAGAUUAGUGGAAACAGUGGAGAAUAAAAAUAGACUCAAAUACAUUUAAAAAUUUAAUAUAUAAUAACAUGGUUUUUCAGUUUCAACUAACAGGCACCCAAGCAUGUCUAGCGUAAACAAAAAGAAGUAUUCAGUGGCCACAUUUUCAAACCAGGGCCGGGUUAGAACUGGCUUAGGGAACUGGAAGCACUCAGUACAAUCAGGACUUGUGGCUAGUUCAUCAUCAGGCAUCCAAAUUUACUUCCUUAGAGCUUCAAGAACAAAGCAGAACGCUCUCCGCUACUACCUCCAGAUAAAAAACAUAUCUGGGAAGGAUCCUAAUUGCUCUACUUAGUCCUUUGCCCACUCUGUGGCCAGAGUGUGGUGUUCUGGCUUGUACUUUUCCCAGGAGGCAGGGAGAAGCAGUGGUAGGCAGAGAAGUCAAUAACUAAUACAGGUGACACUUCAACCACACUGGAAACGAUCGGUACCUCAGUGAAUGCAGUUGAAACAGCUGGCUGCACCAUGUUGUAGGAAUAUAUUAAGCUGAAUUUCUAGCUCUCAAACUUAAUUAAGUUUUAGUUAAAUGAAGAUUUGAAUCUGACUUCAUUUGACUAUCACUGAAGCCUCAAGUAAGGACCUGCAGUUCCUUCACGUUAGGCUUCAAAACACUAACCUGUCAGCAAUUCCAGUGUAGCAUCAGAUUGUCCCUUUUUUAAUUUUUCUGAAGCUAUGAGGAAGCUUGCCCAUUUCCAGGAUGCUUAACUUCACCAAGGUCUUUCUAACGUCCUAGCUCCUUUUGUUUUACACCAUGAACGUAAACAACCACCACCAAAAAAAAGCUUUUCUCUUGGGCGCACCAAAGUUUUGGUCAAGAUUAAGCCUUUCCAAACCUAGCUGCCUUCUUAAUAAAUAUCCAAACUGACAUUUUUUUCAGGAAGGACUAAUAUCCUUAGCUUUAUGCUUCCAUUUGUAAGAACCUUCCCACACAGGAAUCACUGCCACUUUUGAACUUGACCCCAUUAUGACAAAAAAUAGUACCAGUGGUACAAAAUAUUGUUAUAUGUGCUUGUCUUUGACAAUUCCAGUAACUUAUUAUAUUAAUAAGUAUAUUUUCUUUUGUUACUCUUUUAAGGAUAAAUAAUAAUGAUGACAAUAAACUAUUCAUUGAGGGCUCACCAUGUGCCAGCACUAAACAUUGUAUAUGUGUUAUUUAGAUGAUUCCUUACAUCUAAGUGAACAGUUACCCAAGUGAUAGGUGGCCAUUUGAAGUAGAAGGUGUGAUAAUUGUCUUUCGGGAGAAUAAUUAUAACUGUCACUCUGGAGGAAAUGUGUGGUUUUGCUCUAGCUGAACCAAAUGUAUUCGAUGAUUAAACCUCCCAAACUGAGAUGUGGCACUGAGGUGGCAGUAGACGCUUCAGUAUCAGGACUGCACUAAAACACACGGGCCUAGCAGCACAAAGGAGCACCCAGGUCAUACCUGCUGUCUAACGUUUGAUGCACUGGCCCUCAGAUUCUUGAGAAGCAGUUCUGUGUGGUGGAAGAUCUACAUCUCCAAACACAGCAGAUCACAGAGAAGUAAGGAAGAAGGUUGUGCAUAAGUUAUUUCAGCUCUUCACAUAGCUCUUAAGAUCAUCUUUCAAGACUCCUGUAUUUGCAGGAAGCCUUUAGAAACCAGAACAACCUUGAAAAGCUUCCUGUACCUAUUGCUUGGGCCUGAGCAGGUGCAGUUCUGAAUGACCUCAAGGGGGCUUCAACUUUCAUAGGCAACAGGCUGCACUUUAGUUGUUUCAGCCUGUGCAGACACACUAAAUCAAAAUUAAAUGUUAAUGAUGGUUGUGUCUGUGCCACUCAGCUGGGGAAACUAAAAUAGAGACACAGAGCUCUACCAGCUGUCAGUAGCGGGGUCAGUCUUCCCCUGUGCCCUGGCUUCCCAGAUUUAUGCCAGCUUCUGCUGUCAGUAAUGACACUGCUGCCAGAAAGACUUGCUUUUGCCAACAUGUUGGGCUGGAAGAACACAUGUUCACGCAGAAGUUGGAAGUCCUUGAGAGAAUCGCAAAUGGAGGGCACGAGUCCACACACAGGAAAGGAACAACUACUUCAAGCCAUCAGAUCUCUGAAGGAUGUAGGACCCAUUGCCCUCCAGGUUGGAGAGAAAGAUCUUACCUGUCUCAGAUGCAAAGGGUAAAUAACUCACAAGCCUCAACCACUAGGAAUACAGCAGGUGGAGUCCAACACCGGGCAGCAGCAGAGGAGAACCAGCACCCAGGUUAAAUGGAUUUGCCAGUGACCACCCUAAGCUGCCUCCUGACAGACUGAGGGAUGCCCCGGCUGAAAACAAAGAACACUUUGCCAUUCUUGCCGGUAGUGGUCUGAAGCUACAGACAGGUCUUGGGUGCAAAGCAGCAGGGUUACAUAAAAGCAUAACUUUAUAAAGGAGACAUCAUUACAUAUCAAAUGAAGAAAGAAAGGGAUAUGCAGAAGGUGAUGCUGGAAUAAUAAUACUUAAAAUUUCAGAGAAAUAAAAACCAUUUAGUUUCUCAUUUAAAUACUACCAAAAUAAACUUAAGAUACUUUCAAGUUAUAUAAAUAGGUAGAAAAAAAAGUAAAACACUGUAAUUGAAGAAUCGAGGAAAGAUGGGCCCAUUUGACUACAUAAAAAUUUUGCCUCCUAGAUGUAAAAAUAAAAUAAGAUUUGGAAAAAAUGUAUUUGGUAUGAAAAAUGCUGAGAACACAGUAGUUUAGCUGGCAAAGGACAUUGUUAUAGGCUAAACUGUGUCCCCUUAAACUUAUGUUGAAUCCCAAACCACCAGUACCUCAGAAUGUGACUGUGUUUGGAUAUAAGGAAUUUACAGAGGUAAUUAAGUUAAAAUGGGGUCAUUAGGAUGGGCCCUAAUCCAAUAUGGCUGCCAUCCUUAGACCAGGAGAUUAGAACACGGACACACAGAGAGGGACAGCCAUGUGAAGACCCAGAGAGGAGCGCUGCCCACAAGCCCAGGAGAGAGGCCUCAGGAGAAACCAGCCCUGUGGAUACCGAGCUAGGACUUCCAGCCUCCAGAACUGUGAGAAAACACACUUCUGCUGUGUGAGCCACCAAGCCUGUGGUACUUUGUGAUGGCAGCCCUAGCAAACUUGUUCAGACACAUCCUGAUCUUUUACAGACAAGAAUAUAAUGAAUAAACAGAAGUACCUUAAGACAGAAAGGAAAUCCUCUUGAAAGAGAUGACUUUUGAGUUAUGUCCUGAAAAAUGAAAGGGAAUUGUUGAUCUACAGUGAGCUUUAAUCAUUAUUUGCAGCUGGUUUGCUUGCUUAAAAAAACAAACAACACUUCGUAUAUUACCAAAAAUGAGUGAAUUUGAAACACCAAACUUAAGUUUGUACUUUUAUGUGAAUGAAAUAAAC